AUGAUUAAGGAAUGGGAAAACCACUUUCAGAGGUAUAAAAGCCAGAGAGAUGGACAUCCAAAGGCUCAAGAAGGGACCACAGCUGAGGGAGAGCAAAAUAGUAGAAAGCCAUCCAGGAUCCGCAGUGACAGCCAUCCCUGGGUAGUUCAAGAUUUCCCACACCACAAAGAGGACCUCUGUACUCCAUCACCUUUGGGGAUAUGGACGGCAUUCUACAAAUCAGACCCACGCAUCGCCCUUGGAAAAUACUCCCCAAUGGAACAAGAAAUUCAACAUCUCGGUGGCGUUCAUACCAUAGCAGCCAGAAGAUUUUUGGUUGAAAAACAAUACAAAGAGUGGAGGAUGCUGAGGGAACUCCAGAAGCAGUCUGCAGACUACAAAAGGGCCGCAGAGUUGGGAAGAGACCCCUCUUCUUGUGCUGUGUGUGGACCCUCAGAAAAAAUAUGGACAGCGAAGGUGUCUGUGCCUGCUGAAGAGUUCCAAACGCCUCACCGAGAGGUGACAGGCAUCAAGAAGCACAUCAAAAGAAUGCAGCUGGCACGAGCCCUGGAAAACAAGCAGUUUUCUACAUUUACAGGAAAGCUCAAGAGUGUCGCACUGCACUCCGGAGCAGAGCUGGGUUCCCCAGAAACAGACAGGUUCAGUGAAGAGGGAGAGAAUGAUGGCACGGAUAGCAAUGAUAAAGCCAGUCAGAGGGAGAAAGGGGAGGCCAAGUUUGAACCCACAAAUAAACGAGAAGUCACAUUGAAUGUGGUUUUCAAGUCAGAAGAACCCAAACGUUGUAUAGUAUGCCAUCGGAAUGAUCGGAAAAACUUCCUCCCCGUGAAGAGACCGGAGCGCUGUAUCACGGGCCUCACAAACAGAAACCUCUUUCCUAUCACUGGCUUUCCUGGAGACCUGAUGCUCAUGAACCAGGAUUUUGUAUCAAAGGGAAUCCACCCGAGUGACGCCAUUAAAAUCUACUGGCUGCCGGAAGAGAAUCUCUUCAAGGCUCGCAAGCAAAGGCCUGCUUGCUGCCCACAUUGA